CAAAAGCAGACGUUUCAGAAUGCCACAAAAAAAACUCAAGCCCAGAUUCUCUGUGUCAAGACCUGUGAGACCGGUUUUCUUGGACCAAACCUGAGUUGUGUAUGCAACCGCACCUCAACCUAUGGUCAAUAUUGUGAAAAGGCAUGCAAGUGCUUGAAUCAGGGUCGGUGUGACAACAAAGGUGAAUGCAGCUGCCCGAAAGGAUUCACCGGAGACAAGUGCCAACUCGUUGUGUGUACGCACCCGUGGGUGAAAAAGAACAAAGUAUGCGAAUGUACGGCCAGACUAGAUGGACCUAACUGCACAGAAGCAUGCAAAUGCUUGAAUGACGGCCAGUGCACUGAAAAUGGCACCUGCAUCUGCCGGAAAGGUUUCCAUGGAGAUCAGUGUCAGCACACAUGCAAAUGCUUGAAUGACGGCCAGUGCACUGAAAAUGGCACCUGCAUCUGCCGGAAAGGUUUCCAUGGAGAUCAGUGUCAGCACACUUUCAAGACAAAGUGCCUGGGUACAGAUAAGGCAAUGUACACCUGGAUGGCUCUCGCCGGCUUGCCGUGUCAUCCACACCUCGACGGUGACAGCUGCCAGAAGAAAACGAACUUGACGCAUGCCCGCCAGAUGUGCAAGAGAAGAGGAUACGACGUGGUAGACUAUAAUGCCUUCACCAGUCAGACGCUUGGCGUGCGAGACUGCAUGGAAGAAUUGCUCAACAAGAUGAUGGCAAGCAAUUUCAACAGCCCUAUCACAAUAUGGACAUCUUUCUUGAGGGAUGGCAAGCAUGUCAUGUACAAGGAGGGCAAGAACAACUUAAGAGAAGAGUUACAUGAUAGUAGUGGAUCAAGCGAGAUGAUGGCGAGCGGUCACAGCAACCCUAUCUCCCUAUCGUCAGGGCAAGAACUAGUUAAGAACAAGCUACAUGAUAGUAGUGGAGCAAGCCAUCUUGAUGGCGAGAUGAUGGCGAGCGGUGACAGCAACCCUAUCAUCCUAUCGUCAGGGCAAGAACUAGUUAAGAACAAGUUACAUGAUAGUAGUGGAGCAAGCCAUCUUGAUGGCGAGAUGAUGGCGAGCGGUGACAGCAACCCUAUCUUCCUAUCGUCAGGGCAAGAACUAGUUAAGAACAAGUUAAGAAAGGAGUUACAUGAUAGUAGUGGAGCAAGCCAUCUCGAGAUGAUGGCGAGCGGUGACAGCAACCCUAUCUCAAUAUCGGCAUCGCUCGAGGAGGAUGACCAAAAUAUCAUAUACCAGCAGGGCAAGAACGAGUUAAGAGAAGAGUUAUAUGAUAGUAAUGGAGCAAGCCAUCAAGAUGUCAUCUGCGAAGGUAGGCUUUUGCAUUGUGAUCAUAUGAACGAGUGA